AUGCCCUGAUAUCUUUUCUCUAUAGUUGGAAUUUCUCUGUACAGUUGAAUGCAUGUUCAUUGUUUUGUGAUUCAAUACCACUGUCAAACGCGGGGCGAUUAUACUUGAACUUGAAUCCCUAUCCCACGUCUGUUGAAGUGUUGCAGCAUGAUUUCGGAAAAUGUCUCGCAGAAUUAAAUAUGAAAGACGAUUGCAGGACUUGGAGCUCGAGAUAAAGAGGCAUUUGGUCGAUGAAGAUGACAUAACAAGAGAGGAGAGGUACGAGCUCGAGACACGCGGAGAAGAUGGACAUUAUCCUCUCCCAAGAAGAUGUGAAGAUUGCAAUAACCUUUCGCCUUACGGCCACUACCCUAGCUAUUUCAAAAAUGAUGGCCGGUGGUUGUGGCUCUUUAUGCGUGGAUGGGUCGCCCGGGAUGACUGCCAGUUUUGUGCAUUUCUCGCCCGAGUUUUCGGACAUUACUUUGAGGGCUUUCGAGCGGAUCCCAUAAAUUUCGACCUCAACUUAAAGCCGGGAAACCCAUUAUUCAUCAGCGGUAUCCGUGGUAACAAUGGUAGGCUAUCUUCACGGUAUGGUCGGAUAGACUGCAUAGAAGUGUUCAAAGAUAUUGAAAAUGAUAUUCCAGCCUGGUCUGAGACUCCCUUCAUCGGUGGUGGUGCCAUGAUAAUCAAUCACUCGGAUGAUCAGGGUGUUUUUGACUUUAUCUCCGAUUGUCUUUUCGAGUGUGAGAAAAGCCAUGCAAGCUGUCAAGCUGUUAAUCCGCUGCCACUGCCAAGGCGACUCCUGCAAGUGAAUGUAGUAGAUCAAAGUUGCAGACUUCAUGAGCCAUCACAGGAUCAGGAGGGAACCUAUACGGCAUUGAGUUAUUGCUGGGGGAAAGAAAAUCCUAACCGUUUGAUGCUUACUCGAGAAAAUUAUGAUUCUUUCAAAGAUGAAAUAUCUUGGGAUAGGCUCCCGCGGCUUUUUCAAGAUGCUGUUAAGAUCACUAGCCAACUAGGCGUUGCUUAUAUCUGGAUUGACUCUCUUUGUAUCAUCCAGGAUGAUAAAAAAGACUGGGAAAUCGAGUCCCAGAACAUGGCAAGUAUCUUCGAAAACGCGCAUCUCACUAUUGUGGCGGCCUCAUCACCCGAUCCAGACACGCCUAUUCUUAGGGGACGAGGGCUGUCAGAGGAAAAAGUCAAGUUCGACUUUACGGGAAAGGAUCAGUCACAGUCUUACCUCUUCUCACGCCUGACAACAAUAAGGGACAUGAAUAAAUUUUUUCCACUCCAGGUAAAAGCAGUGUCGAGCAGGUAUUGGGACGAGAUGUUAUAUAAAAGAGGGUGGACAUUCCAAGAAGACCUCCUGGCACGGCGUACAGUCCACUAUCUUCCAAACAGGGUAGUCUGGGAAUGCCGGACGCUGCAUCAGGAUGAACGUCAGUGGCUUGGCGAGCGCAGACUCGCUGAAAGCACAAAUGUGACAUUGUGGACAUGGCGGGAGUAUGUGGAAGCCUAUAGUCGUCGAGAUUUGACGUACAUUUCCGAUAAACUCCCAGCCAUUUCGGGCAUUGCAAAUCGGGUAUCGCAAAAGAUGGGAGACGAAUAUCUCGCUGGUCUUUGGAAAAACUCCCUUGUGUUCGAUUUAGGCUGGUGUGUGGGCUACUUAUCUAUGCAAGAACCUCCUCCCUCUCCGCCGAAGCAAUAUAUCGCCCCUUCAUGGUCCUGGGCUUCCCUUGCAACAGGGACAGCGAUUUUUCAUUUGGCAGACUCACAUGUUAUCCGUACCUCCGCCACUGUGAUCGAUGCAGAUGUGACAUUAAAAGGUCAAAACAGAUUUGGCGAAGUGACAGACGGCUUCGUGCAGCUCCGUGGCUUGGUUCGUGAGAUAAAGAUUUAUUAUCAGGGGUCUCGGAGGCGGUUCCAGAUUAAUCUUUCAUUUGGACGGAAUUUAGCGAUUCCAGACAUGGAUACUUGUACCGGAUACGGGUUGCUAGAGUCAGGCGCCAAGGUGCCUACGUUGUGCCGGAGGUAUGCUGAUGAAAAGCCUAACAUGAAAUCAGACGAGGAAGCAUAUCCUGCGGUACAUAUGCUUAUGUUGUUUGAAGAUGAUGGAGGGAACACCGGCCUUAUUCUUGGGCGAUCUCCCCGAGUACGAGGGGCUUAUGAACGGCUGGGGUUGAUACACUUUAGAUCGAAAGAAGAAUUUGAGACUGUUAUGGAGCUGGCAGUUGAAUCCACAAUUACAAUUGUCUAG